AUGAGAAGAGAGGCAAGACCCAGGAUGAUGGAUGCAUCACGAGCAUGGAUGACGAUGUNCUCCAUAGGUGGCUCCAUGGUGGAAGCCUUAACGAAUGAGAAGAGAGGCAAGACCCAGGAUGAUGGAUGCAUCACGAGCAUGGAUGACGAUGUUAGUAGAGAGAGCAAGAGGGCGCCAGGCAAGGUCGCGCAGGGGAAGACCUCAAAUAGGAGCUCCAUAGGUGGCUCCAUGGUGGAAGCCUUAACGAAUGAGAAGAGAGGCAAGACCAAGGAUGAUGGAUGCAUCACGAGCAUGGAUGACGACGUUAGUAGAGAGAGCAAGAGGGCGCCAGGCAAGGUCGCGCAGGAGGCUUGGGCAAUGCCAAGGGACAGCAAGGCUGUUCGGUGCGACGCCAGGGAGGCUUGGACAAGGCAUGAGCGACACUUGGGAGGCCUGGGCGAGAACACCAAGAUAGUCUGGGCGACGCCCUCGUAUGCAGAGAGAAAGGCGUUGGGUGACGCCCUUGCUGGGCACUGGGAUGUAGGCGACGCCCAUGGUGCAGCGGUCUGGGCGACGCCUUGGAGUAGUGAUCUGGGCGAUGCCAAGAUGUUCUAG